AUGGGCCCCUGUACCGCCUCCUCAUGCUGCUGCCAGGCCCCUAAUCUGCCAUGGGCCCCUGUACCGCCUCCUCAUGCUGCUGCCAGGCCCCUAAUCUGCCAUGGGCCCCUGUACCGCCUCCUCAUGCUGCUGCCAGGUCCACAGUGUGUCAUGGGUCCCUGUACGGCCUCCCAUUGCUGCUGUCUCCAUCGCCACACUCUGCCAUGUGCCACUUUCAGGUCUCCUCACACUGCUGGUGGGUUCCAUUUUGUCAUAGGGUGCUGUAUGGCCUCCCAUUGCUGCUGCCUCCACCGCCACACUGUGGCUCCACACUCUGGUUUUGGCCCCGUGACUGGCCAAAUGAGUGAAGUGUGCGGUGAUUCUAAGAUCGACGGCACUCAUCUGCAUGUCAUACUGACUGACAGUAUUAUUUCUCUUCCCCAGCAGACUCCAAGGGCAUUUAAAUUAAAGGUACAGUGUUCUGCACUAAUAUAA